AUGUGCAAGGAGUUCGUAGCGUCGGCGGAGUGCACUGGCCUCAUUGCUUCCCUGUAUAUCGUGGACUACAUGCGGAAGCAAGACAACGUGGCGGCGAAGUCAACAUUUUACGACGUGCUAAUAGAGCUAGAGCAUGCUAUUCGGAGAGACAUGUUUAUCGUUGAGCAGAUCAAGUACACAACGAAGGAGUCGAAGGAGGGUAAGAGGAGCCUGGAGUCGACUCGCGCAGAGGUCUUCCGCAUUCACUGCGCGGCAAAGGUGUUUGCGUUCCAGCUGCUUGGAGACACAGUUGCCGAUGAUGAAAAGGUUGUGUCGUAUGCUUCGAAGAAACAGGAUUCUAUUGAUGAGGCUCUUAACGCGUGGGAGAAGGCGAGCAUCAAGAUCAAGGAGCCGAUGGCGGACAUUGAGCACUGCUGGGUCGCAAAGCACGAGAAGCAGCAGUGCGGUUCGUUGUACGAGACGGCCGCCGUGUUUGAUGAGCAGCCCAACAAAGCGUUUGCGUUACUUCUCCCAUCGGUAACAGCGAAGCUACCGAUGCUGCCUAUGCAGGAGGGUGAACUGCAGUACCUGCUACCCGGGAAGUCUGCAAUGCUUCUUCUCGACAGCGCUCCACCAAGCGAAGAAUGGAUGAUCUCCAAAAGAUUGCUUGUAGAGGCACGCAAGUCGAAACUCUCGAAGGAUGACGAGCAGACAUUGCUUGGACUGCUGAAUGAGUCGCUUGUGUCGCGUCUAGGUGUUUCCCCACAGCAGCUGAGUGAACUAGCGACACAUAGUCCAGAGGUUUGUGCGUCGAUGCUGCUCAAGGUUCCGUCUGGCUUAGCAGGGGCUUUUAUUCAGUUUUUGCUGAAAGGUAGCAUCCCGGAGGAUAACAUGCAGACGAUUCUACUGCGAGCGUCGUCCGUCCUGCAGCAAGUCAACGUGCGAACCUUCAUUUCUACCAUGCUCCACAAGCUCAAGGAAAGAGGUGGGUUGUCUUCUGCUGCGGAGAGCUUGAAGAGUUUUGCACUGACUCUUCAUCAGUUGGUGAUGAAGGCCGCAAAGGAGAAUAGAGAGAUUUUUAUAGCCGACACGUUUCGCGCGGAUCUGGAGCAGCUGUUUCAGUCCAGCAACAACCCGGAGGUGAAGAACAGAUGGGAAGAAAUGAAGCGGUAG